AUGACACGCCACGAGCAGCAGCAGCAUCAGCAACAUCAGCAGCACCUCGCCGGUGCCGCUGCCGGCAGCAGCCGUCCCAACCGCGCGAGCUACCCUCCGCCGCUCUUCGUCGCCGAGCUCGACGCCGCGCCGAUGCACGGCACCGUCCCGACGCCCGACGGCGGCCUCGCCUUCGAGAUGUGCGGCGACUCGGCGGCCCCGCGGAAAGAGGGCGCUGGUCCCGAGACGACGAAGAGGCCGCCGCCGCCGCCGCCGCAGCAGCAGUCACAGGGUGACGUCGACUCGGCUUCGGUGCAGGCGAAUCCGUGGCCGUUUUACCUCGAGGAAAGCACCACGGCGGCGACGCAGAAGGCGGAACAAAAGGACGGAAAGACGCCGGACGAGGCGGCCGAAGGGGCUGCGAAGAGGGAGCCGGCGAAUCCGUGGCCGUAUCAUGGCCCGUCGGGGGAGGGCGAUGAUGGGCCCCGGGCGACCGUGUAUCCGCAGCUGGUGACGCCCGGUCCGCCUGAGGCGGGCGACGGAGACGGCGCGGUCAGGAACGAGGCGCAUCAUGCUGCCGGCGAGGACAAUGAUGGCGCGGCAUAUCCGGCCCCGCUGAGGAUAUCACGCUCCCAGGCGGCGUCGCCCAAGUCCCCCGCGUAUCAGCCCUACUCGCCGCCCCCUGAGCGCGAGGGCGACGAGAAGGAUGCCGGUGUGCGCCCGCCCGCGCCGUCCAAGGAUGGGACGACGACGACGCUCGCGUAUCGGCCAUAUCAGCCGCCGGAAUCUCCGCCGCCACCGCAGGACGAACCGGGAACACGGCCCUCGGCAGGCAUGGGCGCGGCUCCGCAUCACUUCUACAGUCCCCCGGAGGCGAAGCCCGAGUCGACGCCGACGAGUCCCCCGCUUGACUCCAAGACUCCUGUCGCGGAACCGACUGUGGCCGCCGUUGCCGCUGCUGCUGUUGGUGGUGCCGCAGCGACGACAGCGGCCUCGGUCGCGCAGAGUCAGGGAGCGGGAGAUGGAUCGGCUGUCCAAUCGCCUCAGGCGCAGACGUCGAGUCCGCCUGCGCCGCCCAAGGUGUCCCUGGCUGCUGUGCCGUCGGCGACAUCUGCAUCGCCACCGCCGGGUGCAGCCCAGAACCAGCAGGGAGCAGUGAUGGGAUCAGCUCAGCGACCGACCUCUACCUCGCCUGGUCCGCCGAGCGCCGGGGCUGCAACGACUUGGACCUCUCCGCUUCAGUCUCCUCCCCAUCCUUCCUGGCCGGCGGCCGGCCCAGUGCAGCAACCCAUCUACGCCCCCCAGCCAUUUCCCCACGACGCCCACUCGGCUCUCGCGUCUCCCGUGCCGGGCAUGACGCCCAUCUCUCCUCUGCAACAAGGCUAUCCCCCGCCGUCGCUGCACUCGCCGUCUCCCGUCAACUCGACGUACAGCAUCCCGCAGCCGACGUACACUCCCUCCCCGAUGCCCUCGCCGCAUCCGACUCAUGUCCCCUCAACCGGCGCGCCUCAGCCGCAGAGACCGCCCGUCCACCAGGCCAUGUCCGACCCAAACAUGCCGCCCCAGCAGACACCACAGUCCCCUCCUCCGCCGUACCCGUAUGGCUCGCCCGGUCCUGGGCCGCCCCCUCAGCCGACGUAUGCCCCCCAGCAGCAGCCUUACUCGCCGCCGCCACCCGGGGCGCCUCCCGCGAACGGUGCCGGCCCCGGCUACUCUUCUCAGUACGCGUACGGACCGCUCCCGCCGUAUAACCCCGCCGACCCCAAGCACCCUCCCCCGCUGCCGCCACGGCCCAUGCCCGGACCAUACGCCCCCAUGGCACCCAUGCCCACGGGCUUCGGAUCCGGCCCCGCCGGCGGGGCCGCCUACCCCCCGCCCCCGAAGACCAUGUACGCGCCCAGGCCGCACCCGCCGCCGCCGCUGCCCCCGCGCGUUGGAUCCGCCGGCGGCAGCGGCAGCCUGUUCAGCAGCGCGUCGGCCAAGAAGUGGCUCGACAAGACGAGCCAGGUGCUGGAGAGCAAGCUCGAGGCCGUGCUGCAGGGGCCGCAGGGCCCGCCGCAUCGGCCCGCGUAUACGGGAGCGCCGCCGCCGCAGCAGUACCAGCAGUAUCACCAGCAGCAGCAACAGCAGCAUCAGCAGGGCGCGAGGGGCCCGCCGGGACCGCAGUACGGGUAUGGACCUGGACCUGGGGGACCGCCCGGCCCGAACGGGUACGCUGCCGGACCGUGGGGGCCGCCGCCGCCGGGGCAAGGGGGGCCGACACGGUACGCGUGA